AUGCGUUUCUUCCAGACCCUCGUUGCUCUUCCCCUUAUCGCAGGCGCUGUCGCCAGCCCUCUCGAUGCGCGCGCUACCCUCCAAAACUGCAGCCCUGAGGGCAAGCAAAUGAUCGACAACGCACUUGCUCAAGCGGCUCAGAUGGCUCACGCCGGCGCGAACCUCAUCCGCAGCAAUUCCGACUACUCGGGCAACCUCUUCUACAGCUUCUUCAAGACCAACGACGCCCAGUCCCGCAACCGCGGUGUCGUGAGCUACUACUGCACUCCGGAGGGCAUUGACUGCGUUGACAACCACUCCUUCACCAUGACUGCCUACGGCGAGACGGACGGAUACUACGGGCGUAUCCGGACCUGCCCUGCGUACUUCACCAAGUUCCCCGCUUGGUCGAACUCCUGCGGUGUCCUGGAUCAGGCCACCUCCAGCUUGCACGAGAUGGCCCAUACCAAGGGCAUCUUUGGUCCUGAGACGUAUGGCUAUGAUGCUAUUCAUGGUUUGGACACUGCUUCUGCUCUUGAGAAUGCGGAGAGCUAUGCUUUCUUCUCCAAGUCCGCUUACCUCAACUGCGAUAUUCCCUACUAA